AUGACCAUGACAGUCGUCGUUGGUUUGAGCUUAGCUGUAGCUGGAUAUACCGGACGAUAUCUCGCUCGUUAUGGUAAAAUCUUCUCGCAGAAUUGGGCUAAGGCCAGCACAAUUAUUUCUGAAGGACUCUCAUCAAAAUAUUACAAAGGUGGAUUCGAUGCAAAAAUGAAUCGACGUGAAGCUGCAUUGAUAUUAGGCGUUAGUCCAACAGCAAGUAGGACACGAUUACGUGAUGCUUAUAAACGAUUGAUUAUUCUCAAUCAUCCCGAUCGAGGGGGGUCACCGUAUAUCGCUGCGAAGAUAAAUGAAGCAAAAGAAAUAUUUGAACGUGGAAUAAAAUAA